CUAAUAUACUAUGUUCUGGCUAAAGCUUCGAAGUUUCUUUUUGUCCGUUUCAGUCGUGUAGGUUGAAAGUUAUGUGUAAAAUUCUUCCGGUCCGCAUGAGGGCGAUGAGUGACAACAGAACAGCUGCUGUAACGCCAAAGAAGACAAUUAUGCGUCCUUUUAGGAGAGCUGGUUUAAGUUUACAUGAAGAAAUAGUGAGAAAUUGGGGCCUAAUACGGUCAUUUUAUUGUUAUUAAUUGUUUUUUGGCCAUCAGCUUCUUUCCGAUUGCAUAUAACUAUAUGUUUGGUUAGAUGAACUGCUUUACAGCUCUAAUCAACUUUGUUUUGUAGUGAUCAUGAAGGUGUCAAGCUGUUCGUCGUUUACAUUUUGGAGUUUUGUGUUUUUUGGUGGACUUUUUGUUAUUGCCUAUGCAAACAUCAAGAACGAUGAUCAUGAUGAAUGGAUCGACCCGUAUGACAUGCUCAAUUAUGACCCGACCACAAAACGCAUGAGAAACCCCCCAGAGUCUGCCAGUUACAACAAUGUGCCAACCAAGAGGAGGGAAUUCAGUACAGACCCCAGCGGCGGAACGCAGAACACAGUCCAGUGUUCUGAUGAUUGCACCGAUAAACUGAGUAUUUUGCAGAAAGAGUUUGAUGAAUGCAGAAAGAGGGGGAGUGCCAUCUCUCAGCAGCCAACAUGUGCCAACGCAGUGUUCAAGCGUUUCCUGUCUAGGCUCCUUAAAGAAACUGCAAAGCUUGGCCUGCCUGAUGAUGCAAAAACAUCCACGCAUUAUGAUGCUGAGGUGAAGCUUUCCAAGCAAACGGUGGCAGAGAUCCAGACGCUUUUGAAUGACGAUAACAGCUGGACCACUGGAGCCAUGGAUGAGGCUCUCUGUCAAAUUCUGAUCAAUUUCAAACUCCAUGACCACGAAGCCUGGAAGUGGCGAUUUGAAGAUACCUUUUAUGUAGAAAUUGACACUGUCUGGAAGGUUGCUUUGUUUGUUCUGAUUGUAACGGCUGUUAUCUGCACUGAACUUUGGUCUGUUGUGUCCUGGUUUGUCCAGUUCAGGAGAAUGUUUGCUGUCUCCUUUUUUAUCAGCUUGAUCUGGAACUGGUUCCAUCUUUAUGUGCUUGAAUUUGCUGAUCACCAGAAGAACAUUGUGCAGAUGGAGAGUUUCAAUGCGAAAUGUACUGGGCUGAAACAGAUGGGCUGGAAGGACAGUUUGUCAGAGUGGUACAGACGUACAUGGACUCUUCAAGAUGAUCCAUGCUCAAAGUUUUAUGAAGUCCUGGUGGUGAACCCAAUUUUACUUGUACCUCCAACAAAGGCUUUCACAGUAACCAUAACAAGCUUCUUCACAGAUCCCCUGAAGCACAUUGGGCAGGGCAUCGGUGAGUUCCUCAGAGCCUUGCUAAAGGAUCUGCCGGUCACUCUCCAAAUACCUGUGCUUCUCAUUAUUGCAGCAGCCAUCAUUGUGUUUAUGUAUGGAGGUGCUCAAGCAGCUAUACACCAUGCAGUACCCUGGCCCCGCCGCCUUGGUCACCGUCAGGACCCACCACCCCCUGCGGUAGGGCAACACCAAGCUCCGCAAAUAAUGAACAAUGGGGGAGCCUGGGGUGGAGGUGAUGCCCCAUUGCCGCUACAAAGGCAACACCAAGCUCCGCAACUAAUAGACAAUGGGGGAGCCUGGGGCGGAGGUGACAACCCACAGCCACUACAAAUGCGCCAGGAGGCCAACAGGAUUAAUCAAGCAGAAAACAAUACUAAUGUCCCUCAGCCAGCUGACGGAAGCAAUCAAAGCAUGGAUCUUCGACAUCGAUUUGCUAGCAGGUCUGGACAGGCUCAGACGGUGCGGGUGGAAACACUGCGCUCGACAGGCAGCAUGUCCAGCGAAGAUGAGACUGAUCUUCAACAACAGAAACAAGAAGUGGAACCUACCGUAGAGCUAGAGACUAAAGUGGAAGACGUUAAAAGGGAGGAAAAAGAGAAUAAUCCAUCUUCCAUUGACAAAAAGGAGCAAGAAGAUAAACGGACUGUAGACACAAAUGAGAAUGUGCCCACAAGCAAUGUGUCUUCUCAACAAAUUGAUGUGAAAACAGUAGGAGUGGAUCAAGGGAAUGAUUUGUGCGAGGCAUUGUCAGACGGAGUCCCGGUCUUCAAAGAGGAAUGUGAUUCAAGAUUUAGUACUCCGGUUCAAGAAACAGGACAAUAAAACUUUCUUAGAACUGCUUUAUCAACAGUGCUUUCUGUCAUUACUUUCUUUAAAUAUAAUGUUUUCUAAUUUGACUUGUUUCCUUUGACAUUUCUUCUGAAAUGGAAAUAUAUAUUUUAGUACUCUUUCUUUCUGUAUAUUUGUUUUGGAGGAAGUGGUAAAAUCUGCUAAACUAAUCUAGAAAAAAAUAUAUAAUCUUUGAUUGGCUUCCGGUUAUGGUGCAGUGAUGAGUAGUAAUGCGGUAUAUGUAAGAGCUGUCUGUGUCAGAAGGCCGUGAGGAGGUGAAGCUAGCCCCUGGCGGUCAGAUAUCAGAGGCUGAGUUUUCAAGACAGUGCCGCUCAAUAAAACUGCAAGUGUGAUUUCCUUCAAGCAAUUAUUAAGCAGAAGGCCAAAUUUGAAUUAGUGCUUACCCUCUUAACGGACACCAAGGACCAAUUCUGUGACUGUUAAGAUACUAUAAUAGACCCGUCACGGAAACCAGUGACACAAGUCGGCAGCACAACUUGUGAGCAAAAUGAGAAACAAGUGUUUUUUUCCAAAGUUGGUGAUUUCCGCUUUUUUGCAGAAUCUGUUAGUUGAGAUCAUGAAGAAGCCUCUCCAUGUUUGAGAUAACAGUAUUGGUAUAUUUAAAAGCGUACAUUUUGAGGUUGAAAUCGGCUUGUUUUUCGGAGAUUCUAGCAUGCAGUAGGGGCGUGUCAUUGUCAGUGUGUAUCUCCGUACUGAAUAGCCGCCGGCGCUUUUGCCCCCGCCCCCCUAACAGCGUGGCUACUUAUUAUGCAGCGCUCUAGCCGGCUCUAUCUGAUAUCAAAAUUCAAUGAAGAUGGACGCCGCAAAGAAUGUCGCAGACGAGCUGAACCGUGGCCGUUACAACGAAAAUGUUUUGAAGUACUUCUUCGACAAGCCGGAUGCUUAAGAACAAGCGUUCACUGAUUCUGAAGACGAUCUGAGCGACGAAAGUGGCAUGAUAAGACUGAAUAAUAUCCCUAAUCUACAACUGAGCGAAGAUGAAGACGAGGAAGAAUGUAUCGGACUGGCGUCAUGCGAAUUAUUGGACAUUUAGAGGCAAACGGACGCACAGUGCAAACUUCGGAGAUGGUUACAUCCACAAAGAAGACCCCGACAAAGAGAAAGUGUGCCCGAACGACUUAUUUCAUUGGAGGCAACGAGAUCUGCAAGAAUACUUUUCUGUUUCUUAUGGGGUGAGUUUCCAUAAACAUCAAAGUUUGUCGUUUUUUGUUCAUUCUAAGAACACGUACACGUUAUCUCAUGUUUAGUCCAUG